GCUGCUGCGACGCAGCGCAGCCAGCAUACGGAUCCUCAGCGUUCUCAUUAUUUUUCCCAGUCACAAACGAACCGUGUUUGGCUAAAGACGUGAACAUCGGGUCUAGAAAUUGCUAGUGCUACCGUGUACCAAUAUAUCAUAUACAAAAAAUAUAUUGAAAUAUACUCACUUCACACUCACAAUCUCGCUCAAUACUCGCGGUUUUUUUCAAAAUAAAAUAAUAAAGAACAAGAAUCGAAAACAAAAACAAAUCCAGAAUACGGUGUUUUUUUUUAAUUCUUAGAAGAUUAACAUACAAUCAAUAUACAUGUGCGUGUCAAGAGGUCAGUGAGAGAGAGAGAGUGAGAGUGAGUGGGCUAGAGAGAGAGGGAGAGCUAGUGAGCGGCAGCGAGAGCAAGAGAGAAAGAGCGAGCGAGUGCAGCCCACAGAACAGAACUUCACAUAUGUACUAUCUGAACUGUGUGGGUUGUUGGUUUUUAAGCGCGUUUUUGAGUGAAAUUCGAUGCUGUCUUCCUCCAGCUGAAAAGUGUUUAAAAAUUCUACAGAAUUGACAACAACAGCAGCAGCACACAGAGCAUCACAUCACAGAGCACACGGUCAUAGCCAAAAUAUGGAAACUCCAGCACAUAUGUUCAAAAACGAGUAGAAAACGUGUCGCCUACGGGAAAUAACAAUCAUAAAUAUUCGAGUACAUUUCGCAGUCCUGUGGAGAACUCUAAAAAUUCUAUGAAUACUGUGAACAAAUAGUGCAAGUUCUUAAGAUAAAAUAUAUAUACAAAUUUAACAUAUAUAAUUGGUAUUAUCUGUUACCAAAAUGACUUCCCUUGUAUACGCCGUGUUUCAUAUUGCAACGCUGCAAUGUUCGGUACGUCCGGAAAUUUCGCCGUGCACUUGCGAAACUGGCAAGGCCAUCAAUCACAUGGAGCUAUCCUGUGAGAAGUUGGAGUCCUUUAAUGCGGUAGUCGACAGCUUGGCCAAUAAGAUGAAUUCCGAUGCGAGCAUUGAUCUGAAAAUAACCCACUCUCAACUGGAUGAUCUGGAGAUGAGAUCGUUUAAGGAUAUGAACUUUAAUCUGUACAAACUACGCAUGCAAUGGAACGGACUAAGAUCGCUGCCAGAGCUGCCAUUUCGCGGGUUAUCGAAUCUCACCUACUUGAGCAUCGGAGACAACGCACUCGACGAAAUUCCGAAGCACGUAUUGAAUCACAUGCCGCUUCUACAAACGCUGGACAUUGGGAGAUGCAACAUUAGAGCGGUGCAACAGGACGAUCUCAAGGGGAUACAAAUGGUGACGAAUCUAAUACUUCCGAGCAAUAAUAUAACACGACUGGAUAGAGGCGCCUUUCCGCUCAGUUUGCUCAUCUUGCAUUUGGGUCGGAAUCAGAUAGAAUCGUUGAAUGGAUCGCUUCAUGAAUUGAACAAGUUACAGUCGCUCUUCAUCAAUGCGAAUAAUAUACGUGAUCUCGAUGAAGAAUUGCCGGAUGGAAGUAAGUUGCGUCUUUUGAUGGCUCAUAAUAAUCGGCUGGAAAGACUGCCGGCUAAUAUGGUUGGCAUGGAUGAUCUGGAGACUAUACAUCUGCACUUUAAUCGGUUGAGAUCCUUUGAUCGAGUGUUAAGAAAUGCUCAAUAUCUUAAUGAGCUUUUUGCGAACAACAAUGAACUGGAAUACCUCUCGAAGGAUGAAUUCCAGACUUGUCGACAUAUGGAAACUUUAAAUUUGGCCUGCAAUCACAUUCGUUCCUUAAACUCCUCGCUGCAUCCCAUGGGCAAGCUCAAGAUUGGCAAUUUCUCCUUCAACGACAUCGAUGAGUUCUCCAUGGAGGAACUGCAUGGCCUGAGAUCGCUGAAGGUUCUCGAUCUAUCCUAUAAUCGUAUUCAACGUCUGCUGCCUGCUAACCAGAUAAUGCUGGAGUUGAAUUUGAUAGAUCUGCGCCUCGAUCAUAAUCAGAUUAUCACCUUGGACGGAGCUCUCGCCGGCUUGGGUAAUCUUCGCAUUCUCAGUCUGCCGGAGAAUCGCAUUGAGCAUCUAUUGCCAGGCGACUUUAUUGGCAUGAAUCGUCUUGAAAUUCUCGACUUGACUAGUAAUCAAUUGGUGGAACUUAAGCAACUGGAAACGACCAUGCUGCCAUUACUUAAAGUCCUUAAGGUGGCCUAUAACAAUAUAUCUAAGCUGGAGCACGACUUCUAUGGACUGCCUGUUUUGUGCCAGGUCAACUUGACCAAUAAUCAAAUCACGACCAUCUCGGGCGAACUCGUCACCAACACACGCUGCAAGAAUCACAAUGUGCCUGGCAAACUGGAGAUACAUCUAGACGAUAAUCCCAUCAUGUGUGAUGUGCGCCUGAACGAGCUGUGCCGUCUGAUGUCCGCCCAGGAAGCACGUAUCCGGGGACGUUCCCAGUGCUUUGAGAAUGAUCAGGAGGUGUGCACGGUACUCCCGAUGCUCUACAAUAUCGAUUACCCAUUGCUGAUGACCAAAUUGAAGAUUGGCGAUUCUGAGGAUGCCAAACCUUUGGUGCAGAUGUUGAUACCAGCGCCCAUUUUGAUCAAGAGCAACGACGAGUUGUUGCCACCGCUUAUUUCCCAAUUGGGGCAGGCGCCAUUUAACCCCGUUAUUAUAGCUGCACCACCAAUUCCACUGUUGCUGACGACCACAACGCCUGCUCCAGUGGUGGAGCUGGAACCAGAAACCAAUACGACAACCACAACAACAACACCAACACCAACUACAACGACUACAGCAACAAAUCCGCCUUUAAUCAGUUUGACACCAAGUCUGGAGCUUGCAGCAUCCGAAAUGGUGACAACCACAGCGCCAACAACAACAACAACGAGCACUACAACACCACAGCCCAAUGACACCCUGCCCGUUGUCCUGGACAUCGAGGAGCCCAAUAUGACACCGAAUGAGGCACAAGUGAAUCCCGGACUCGUUAAUGGCACAUCCGGCGGAAGUGCAGACUUGGUCAGCGCCGUGGAGCAGGGUAAGGACAAGAAGGAGGAGCAGGUGCAAUUGCAGUCGCCGUUGAUGCAACCUGGCGACGUGGAGCAGCAUGAACGGGUGGCCGAUACGGUGGCCAAGACGGAGUACGAAACGGUCGAGUAUAUACCGAAUAUAGUCAUGGCGCCAACGCCGCCAUCGAGCCAAUCGAAUCUGCUCGACGAGGACUCCGAUUCGCAGUCCAACUCCGUGCACGAGGAGUUUCCGUCGGUGCUGCACGGCGACUUGGAGCAUGCGGCACAGAAUCUGCAAAUACCCGAGGAGCCGCCGGAGGAGUGAGUUUCUUUGCGGGGAUAUGCUCCAAACACAACAAUUAUUUAAAUGUAAAGGCGCUGGACAGGCGUUUGGCAAGAAGUGGGCGGUGGGAGAUGGGCAAUGGGCGUGGGCGUGGCAGUGAAACGAACAUUUUGAUUGUAACAUUUUAAGUUAAUUUAGUUUUUAUUUUUUAUGAUUUACGAUUUAAGCGUUUCGAUUCAAACAGUUGUGUUAAGGUAUUCGAUUCAUUUCGAAUACGAUUCAUUUACCGGAAAUUUGACCUAACGACAGAAUGACAACGUGACAGAAAAAAGAGAUAACGGAACAGAACGGUACGGAACUGGACAGGCUUAAGUUAUAAAUUGAUUUCUGGGGGGAUUUCUAUAUACACACAUAGAAAUGAUUGAAGUUUCGUUUGGCCAGGAAGUGACAACGUUAUUGAAUAUACACACGAUAUAUGCAUAUAUACUUGUAUACAUCUAUAUAAAUAUAUGUAUUUAAUAACUGUAUACACCUUGAAAAGUUUUAAAGUAGGUACUUAGCAUUAAACAAAAACAGAAACAUAAUAAAAAAAAAAACAACAAAAAUCAGAAACGAAAACAACAAAAAAGAAUGAAGCAAAAACAAACGCAUCGAGUUAAUGUUAAAUAAUGAACAAAAACACACACAUACACUCACACAAUCGUAGCAACGCACAUACACACACAAAUAAAAAUAUAUUGUUAUCAGUUGGUUAACAAACGAAUUUAGUAUGUAGCACCUAAUUAUAUAAAAAAUGAAAUGGUAUUCUAAAUAAAGUCAUAAUUAAAAACAAAA